GUAUUUUAGUGUUAUUUUGAAUCCGAAAGUGAGAUAACCUAAAAUCUACCCCAAGUAUUAGCACAAAGACAACUUGUAAAUAUGUAAACAAUCAUAUUUUUGAAAGGUAAAAAGUCACAAGUUAUAUGCAGUUUAUAAAUGAAAGUUGUGAUAUUGAAUUUCAAAAUAGUAAAUAUCAUACAUUAGUUAUACAUUUCUUAAAGCAAUAAGCUAAUCAGUCAAAAUGAGUAAAGAACCUAUUGAUCUUGAAAAAAUUAAAAUUUGUCGGAAUGAAAAUGCAGAAUAUGGUGAAAAAGACUAUUAUUCUAAAAGAUUGAAUCUAUCUGUAAGUACUUGGUUAAAGCUGUAUGAACAGCAAAUAUCAGUAGAAUAUAGAGCAAGAUUGAGAGAUGUUAGUAUUCUCAUGGCUAAAGAGUUUCGUGGUGAUAAUGUUUACAUAAGUGAACAUGGAUCAUUCAAUACAAAGUUUGCGGCAUCUGCUCCAUAUUACUUUUUUUUGACAUCAGUCGACAACGCUGAACUCACACACAAUCAACCAUACUCUGUAGCCUUUCAUGAAAUAAUUGAUUACACAACAGGAGAAUUAAUUGACAGUCUGCAUAUAAAUUUCAUGGCUGAGAUGUUGUGGCUUAUAAAUGAGUAUAUGCUUGCUGUCCAAGUUCCAAAAAUGACAGUUCUUUAUGGCAGCUGGCUCGAUCCUGACAUGAUGUAUGAAAUACCAUUUGAUAUUGAAUUUGUAAAUGUUGAAAUGUCUGAAUUUGGUUGUCAUCACUCAAAAAUAUCAAUCUUCAAGUACACUGGUGAUAAAAUUAGAAUCAUGAUUUCUUCAUCAAACAUUUAUGCUGAAGAUUGGCAGAGUAGAACUCAAGGACUUUGGAUAUCACCAUUUUUACCAUUGCUUCCGGAAGAUGCAAAUGAAAGUGAUGGCGAAUCUCCAACAAAUUUUAAACGUGACUUUUUGCAGUAUUUAAGCAUGUACAAUCAGCCUGAGGUAUUUGGAUGGUCAGCGUUAAUUCAUAGGGCAGAUUGUUCAGCUAUAAAUGUAUUUUUCAUUGCAUCUGUACCUGGGCACCAUGAUGGUUCUAGUCUGGAUACUUGGGGUCAUAGAAAACUAGCUGCACUAUUAUCAGCUCAUGCUAGUUUACCAUCUGAUGCACAAAAAUGGCCAGUCAUUGCACAAAGUUCCUCCGUAGGAGUUUUUGGUCCAGAUUAUCAGAGUUGGCUAUCAUCAUCAAUAGUUAGAACCAUGUCCAAAGAAAAAGACAAAAAAAUUAUAAUUUUUCCAGAGUUUAAGUUUAUUUAUCCAUCAAAAAAUAAUUACAAUCAAAGUUAUGACAAUCAAAUUGGUUCAUCUUGCCUUAUGUACAAUGAGCAAAAUUAUUUGAAACAGCAAUGGUUAAAAGAUUAUUUAUAUCAGUGGAAAUCAGAUAAAAUAGGUCGAACGCAAGCAAUGCCGCAUUUAAAAUGCUAUACAAGAAUUUCACCUGAUGAGUCGGAAAUGGCGUGGUUUUUUUUAACAAGCGCAAAUCUGAGUAAAGGUGCGAUGGGCAAGAUGUUGAGAAAUUGCACUGUGCAAACUUUGUGCAACUAUGAGGCUGGUGUCCUUUUUCUCCCACAGUUUAUACUAAAUCAAAAUACGUUUCCCCUAAAAGAACCUUUAUCACCGGAAGCACCGAUUUUCUUGCUACCCUAUGACUUGCCUCUAACUCCUUAUGAACCAAAUGAUGAGCCUUAUGUUACUAUUAUCCCUGCUGAUGCAAUCGAGGCAGAACCAAUUCAGACUCCCGAUACAGCUAUAGAUUCACAAAAUUUGGAAAAAGUAAUGGAUGUGGAUGAAAAUCCAGUUCCAGACAUAUCUGAAGAAACAUCGAAUUUAGAGGAAGGUAAAAAUCCUAAUGAAAUCUCAGAAUCAGAACAUCUUACUAUAACAGAAGUUAUAGAAUAAUACGUUUCAUUAAAAUUUAACGGUUUGACAAUUGUAUUCAAUAAUGCUGACAGCUUUAUUCAAAAGUAUAUAAUAUUAUAAUUUAUUUAUUAGUUUUUAGUUUUUUUGUGAUUUGUAGUAACGAUUCCUAAGUGCCGUUACUCUCCGUAAUUUACAAACAAAUCUUAGUAUCUAACAGAUUGUGUAUUACGAGUUUCAAAUGGACUUGCAAACGCAAAGAACAGAAGCUUCUAUAAUUUUCUGUUGUUCUUGUUAAACGUAUUUAUUAGUUUUAAGGAAGUUUUUUACAAAAUGCCUAGCAAUAUUUUGAAACUGGUACUAUGAGAAAAGAAAACGAAAAGAUCAUUGACAAAAGAAAAUACUGUGCAUUUUUGUACGAAUGUUAAUAAAGUCUAUAUUUUAAUUUA